AUGGCUGCAAAGUCAGCUGCCAAAGCUACAGCUGGCAAGAAAGUCAAAAAGGAAGUGAAAACAACGCCCAAGGCAAAGCCGAAGCGUGUCAAGGAGCCUGUUUUGGAGACUGUUGGCGAUGCCUCGGCCUCAGACCAGGCUGCCAAAAGGGAACUGGGCUACGCCAGAGGCACAGUGAGCGCGCUUCUCACUUCGCUAAAAUACCAAGUGAAGGCAAAGAAAACCAGUGACUCCCAGAAGGAUGACGCACAGAAGGAGUACGAAGCGGGCACCAUUGAGGAGAAGAAGUUGAUUCUGGACAAACUGCAAGAAUUCGGAGUGAAGAAUUGCAGCUGGGUCCACAGCCUGGAGUCCCUGACAUCUAACAUUAAGGACGAGACUGAGUCCUUGGUCACCAACUUCUUCACCAGGCAAGGGAUCUUCGAAAUCGAGCAUAUUGACACAGCCGGCCUGUCAGAAAAUGACAAGGAUGAGAUUUUGGAGGAGAUCCUCUCCAAAUCUGAGAAGAGCUUUGGCCACUCGAGGCAGGUGCAAGAGCACUCAAAGUUCAAGCAGUUGCACAAGUACCUUUUUGUUUACACCAAGGGCAAGAAGAACACUGAGGGCACAAGGACAAGCAGCAGCAUGUCAAGCACUGCUGCGGGCAUGAAGGGCAAGGCAAGCCAAAAGAUGGCUUUGGACUUGCUGGGCCGACCAGAGUUGGCCAGUUCUUCUUAA